GGAGAAGCGAGCACAGCGCGUUCCCCGCAACAGCUGCGAACUGCCUUUCUCCAUCACAGGAGUUGGCGGAACUGAGCCCCGGUAGAGCCUGGAGGACGAGUGACAAACGGCCGCUUUGUCACGUAUUACCCAUAUCCCGGGCCGGUUUCUGAAAUCGUGGAUUAAUUAAACGAAGUAUAUCGAUGAUCGAGUGUGGAUUUCUCCACGAAAUAGACGUUAUCGCGGAAGGGGGAAACGGGUUUUAAACAGGAGUGUUCCAGUGGCCAUGGAGAAAACUUUGCAUAUCCUACAGAAAACGACAGACGCUACCGACAACAAGGUUCUGGACAGUGGACCUGCCGGGUUAGCACUGGAUAUGAGCAUAAAUAUGGGGGAUCGGGGUUUCACGGAGCAACCCCUAGUUGGACUUGCCGAUAAAAUACCUUUAGUGAAACCUUAUUUUAAAAAGAAACACGGACAAAGGAAAGUAGACUCAAAAUGUCUCCGAGCGCUCGAGGACCCCAUUCUAACGUCGCUAUUGAGUAGUGACGCUCUCGUUACCGGGGAUGGGGUCUUUGUCCUGCGGAAUGCACCAGGACGGACGCCGGGCAACCUGUGCACCGCAGCGGUAGUGAAACAGACGCACAUCUCCCAGGUGUGUUUAAAAGAUUCGGGUGUCGCCGGUGUGGCAGGGCUUAUUACUAGUACCACGGACGCGGAAAUGGCAGACGCCUCAGCCGAGCUAGAGGAAACUGAGAGGGGGGAAAGGCCCAAGGUAACCCUCGACCUCCAGAGAGUCACAAUGGACACUAACGAGCGCUGUUUCCAACUAAAGCUUCCCUCCCGGGCGCACGACGUGACGGCGGUUGCAGUAACACCCCCCACCAGCGACACCCCUCAAUUACCCCCACCAUGCGAUGGGGGCAACAAGAUGAGCGACCUGUUUGCCCCAGAAGCCUUGCGGGGGGCAAAUUGCCUUUCCAUCAAAGACAGCGACCCCCCUCCCCUUCCCCAGUCCGACAAAGGAGUGAUAUUUCAGGAUAAAAGCGAAGAGGCCUCCUUGGAUCUUGUCUUUGAGCUUCUAACCCAGCUCCAGUAUCACACACAACAGGCCGACGCGGUCUCGAUUUGUGUGGAGUUCCUGCAGGGCUUGUGUGUGUAUGGGAGUGAUUGCGCCCACCACCACACCGUGCUCCCGUACCACUGGCAGGUCCGGAGGAGCGACUCCCACACCUGGCAGAGCGUUGCAGAUGACUCGCAGGAGCAGUUGGAGCGGCUCUAUUGCAAUCCGGACAAUGAGCAAAUCAGGCUCAAAUUUCGGGGUCGUGUCUUUUCACUGGACUUCGGGGCCAUGCGAGUGUGUGACCUGGAGUUUGACCGAGUCAGAAGACUGACCACGCCCUCCAACCCCUCAGCCCCUCCCAUGAACACCAACCCCACCCCCAGCUGCUACACCGUCUGGAAGUACUACUGUAGGGACAACUUUGGCUGGAGGGAGUAUUCCGAGCCAGUGGUACGUCUCAUAGAGGAGGCCAGUACUCGGGGCCUGAAGGAAGUCCGCUUCAUCACCCUCCAGAACCAGUACAUCCUGAACAUCCGUGAGGGAUUCCAGCAGAACGCCGUCUUCGGCUUUCGGCGCCAGAUCAAAAAACGGCCCAUGUUUCUGUCCUCGGUGGUCCUCACGCCACACCUCCAAACCCUCGGCGGCCUCUCCUCCUCCACGGUCGAUCUCUCUGUAGCGCUCCCCCUCUCGCCCACCUCCAUCGCCCCUCCCAGUGUGUUCCCCGAGACCUGGUUGCCCAUGACAACCAGCCAGGACUUCUUGCAGGUGCCCGUAUCCCGUGACGACCGAAGCUACCGGACCGUUUACACCCUCUUCCACAAAACCGUGUCCGAGACAAAGUUCCGCAUCCUCAAGAUCCUCCGUGUCCAGAACUCGUUCCUCUGGGAGAAAUACAGGAGGAAGAAGGAAUACAUGUCUCGCCGCCUGUCGGAGAUGGACAGGAUGCUGAGUGAGCGACACCUGUUCCACGGCACCUCUUCGGACGUGGUGGAAGGCAUCUGCAAGCACAACUUCGACCCGCGCGUCUGCGGCAAGCACGCCACCAUGUUCGGACAAGGCUCCUACUUCGCCCGCAAGGCCGUGUACUCGCACAACUUCUCCAAGCGCUCGCCCAAAGGCGUCCACUGCAUGUUCCUGGCCAAGGUCCUCACCGGAAGGUUUACUGUGGGUAACCCCUCCAUGCGCCGACCACCCCCACUCAGCCCCCGGGACCCCUCCAGCGACCUGUACGACUCGUGUGUGGACAACUGGGUGGACCCCCAGAUCUACGUCAUUUUCAACGACGACCAGAGCUACCCAUACUUCAUCAUCCAGUACGAAGAAGUACCCAGCACUGUGGCCAUUUGAACUCAGAACUCAGAACAGACACGACUGGUUGGAACCAGUCUAGACCAGACUGGACAAGGCUAGACCAGCAAAGACCUGACUUGACAGAACCAACCCAGAGUUAUCCUUCUGUCAUGUUAAGAUGCCGUCUAGUGGCUAGCGUAGCAGCACCAGCUAACAACAACAACCAAGGCCUCCACCCUGGAUACACGUACCCUGGUAACAGAGUGUUUGUGUUAUGGAUAUGUACCCAAUCCCCUCCUUAUUCAGGAUACAGUGACCAUGGUAACAGUUAUGGCAACUGUUUCCUACCAACACACCCAUUCGUACUCUCUCCUGUCUGUGAGCUGUGUGUUUGAAUUUGUGGCUUAGUUGGCAGCCAUUUUGUGGCCUCUUCAAAAAAACAAAUAAUAAUAAAAAAAAAAAGUUUUAAAACAAAACAACAACUGAGCAGUUUCACCAGUGCCCAGUGUUGCGUGAGAGAAUGGCCACUGACCGGUGACAUUUUGGAUCUGGACAUAAGGCGUUGUUUUCACUGGGAGCCAAUUCUGUGAUGGACG